GUCGCGGCAGCGUGGGCCGGCGGCGGCACCUUGCAGCCUGUGGGCAUGAGAGGCUGGGCGGCCUCGGGCCUGGGCCCGCAUGGACCCCCUGGCGCUGGGCCGGUGGCGACGGCGGAGGCCAGAGGAGCUGCAGGUUCCGGGGGACGCGAAACGGGCAUGCAGGAGAUUAGAAGCAGCAGCGCAGGAGUGGGGCUGCCCCCAGGUGAAGGUGCGCGUGCCCACAUCCUGGGGCAGCAAGGAGCCCGAGUCAUCAGAUGCCCAGCCCAGAGGCCACCUCCCUGCACCGAGGCCAGACGGUGGCCAGGGGCGACCAAGCGUGGGGGUUCCUCAGGACGGUGGAAAGAGCUGGGCCCAGCCUUGCCCAAGAUGCAUUGCGGGGGAGUCUCUUGCCUGGAUUUUGUGGAUUAGUGAUGUUUAUAUGUCAUGGAUGAUGCCAGGUCCCUGUGCCAUUGUCCCCCGUCCAGGCACGCUGGCUCGGCCGUCAGCUGCCGGCCCAGGGCGCCCCUCCAUCCCUGUCUACCCGGCCCCCCUCCCAGAGCCCUGAGGGAGGCUGGCCUUGGAGGGCAAGGGUGCGAGGUUUUCUCGGGCCCAAGUGGAGUCGAGGACGGUGCUUCACUCGGCGGUGCCCCAGAGCUGGGCAGGGUUCCCUGGCACCCAGGGGGGUUCAGUGAAUAUUCACAGAGUCGAUUGGAACCAAUUUUUAAUGAACUUCAGGAGCCCAGCCACCACCAGGCCAGCAGCGUGCUCAGCCAGCGGGGCUGGGGGCGGCCCACCGAGGACCCUCGGCUCGUGGUCCUGCUGCCACAUCCUGCAGGGCUCCGACCUCGCAGCCACGUCCACCACCUGCUUCCCGCUGCAGACCCUGCCCUCAGCCCUAAGUGUCACCCGUGUUGCCAGUGAUUCUCUCCUGGGUGGAAAAGCGACGCGUGUGCGCCGCAGGUAGGCUGAAAAGAGAACACGUGGCGAUGAGGUUAAAAUCACUCAGUGUAUCACCGAGGGAUAGUCCCUUUCUAAAUGUGACAGGAUUUCCUUGUUCUCUGCUUUGAUUCCCAACAAUGCGCAACAGAAUUUCUUGGUUUCCAUUUAACAUUUUAAAUGUUUCCCUGACUUUCUAACUCUAAAUGAGAAGAGCUCCAAGUCUAAACCCCAGGCGCAGCCUCCCAGGAGUGGAAGCGGCACUUACUCCACGUGGCUUCAGGAGGAGUUGUCACUUUGGCAGCAAACCCUACGAACAAAAUGACCGUAAAGUCGGACACCACCUUGGUGGCCGCGAGCGAGCCGGGCCGCCCAGCCCAGGACCCGCCCCAGCCCCCGAGUGGAGAGGCCUGGACCUGCCUGCCCGGUGUCUUAGAGAGUCGCUGUCCUGCCCGGAUGACACGCUGUGCCCCGGGAAGGCACCGUGUGGAGCUCGGAUUCUAACAUGAAGACCGAGCCCAGCGGAGGAAAGGGGACCCGCCCGAGCUGGACCUCCUACCCGCCAGGUGGCAUGGCCAUCCUCCCCAGUCUCAGAGGUGGGAGUGUCCAAGCCCUGCCCGGCACCAGGACGCCUGCUCAUCCCCCAUCCCCUCGGCAGCGUGAUUUCCCCAAGCGUUGGGAUCAAACACGUGAAGGAUGCAUGAGCGAGCCCAAGCCCGACCUCGUACCCACCCUGGCCACCCUCGGGGACACACCUGGGACAGUGCUGAGGGCUGGAGCCCCCCAGUUCCAGGGGCCUCGCUGUAUGUUCCAGGGCCUCUGCAUUAGUAA